UGACUGUGAGCGUGUCGAACUGCUCAGAGAGAGCGCAUCUAUCCUGCUUGGAAUCAAAAAUGUGAAGGCCUGUAUUGAGAUCUUUCUACUCCUUGCUUUGUUUCAGGAGUGUCAUCAUUCUGGUUAUUCACACCAUGGAUCCCGACCUGCCUCGUGUGAUCAGCCUCCCCCGCAAUGACAACCAGCAGAACCAGUUUGUCCUUGUGCGCAUUGAGUCCAUGGGAAGGAAACCACUGGAUCUGAAGCUCAUUGGUACAGACGGUGAAUCUGUCUUCUCAGUCUCAGUGAAGCACAAUCAAACAGGUUCCUUGAAGGAUAAGAAAUUCUCGGGCAGCUCGGAACAAUGGGAUCAGGUAUUGGCUCACGUUCUACUCGGCGCAGAACAAAUCGAGGACAAGCAGGGUGUCGAGGCUGUUGCUAAAUUGGAGGGCGAAGCUUCGAUGACGAUCACCAUUCAGAAACGCAUCGAAGGCAUAACACUCAAACUCGGCGCUAUCACAUUAACCGAGCAGGAUGAGGUUGUUGAACUGUACGACUGGUGUGGGCUUGCCGUCAAAUCGAGGGACAAAGUCCUCCUGGAAUUGGAGGCCUUGAAAGCGCAGCUAAAAGCGAAAGAACAAGAGUCCAAGAAGCUCAAUGAGACACUGGCAGAAAUGGUCAAGCUGAAGAAUGAUAAUGAGAACGAGCUUAUCGAAAAGUUCUCCCUCCUCCUUAACGAAAAGAAGCUGAAGAUACGGGAUCAACAGCGUUUGCUUGCCUCCGCAAAUGUCGACCCUGCAAGGUUGGCAGCUGUGGAAGAGAGUCGAACACCUGUUAGAUCAACCUCAGUGGGCCCAUCCAGGGCAGGAAAGCGAAAGGCUGUAAAAGCAAUACAAGACCAGAGUGAAGAUGAUUCGGAUGGUGGCUUUGAGAAGAUGGAAGUUGAUGCCCAGCAGCCACCGACCGAUUCUGCGGAUGAACAGCCACAAACACCAGAUCAAGAAUCGACAGCCGAUGAAGCAUCAGAUGAGGAUUUAGCACCCCCGGCUCCAGCUCCAGCUCCAACGAGAAACACUGCCAAUAAUACUAAAAAUGAAGGGAGAGAUACCCGUGCAAGGACAACAACACCUGCACCACAAGCUGAACAUGAACCUCUUCCACCGAAACGCGAACUACCCUUCGCGAAGAAGCCAACUCCAAAAGAGACACCUCCCCCGCCACCAGAGCCUGUUGCUGCUCCAGAAGGAUCAGAGACCGAGUCAGACGAUGAGUUAUGAUUGUUAUGAAAGUAAUGAUACGUCCAUGGCCUUGAGGACAAAAUAUUGAACAAUCUAAUUUUACGGGACUGAACUCCAUAACAGGAUUGUCGUAGUCUUGGAAACUUUCUCGGAUUCUGCUAGCCAGAAAUCUAGACAUGAGAUAAGAAUUAUUAAAGUAUUUUCAGUGAUUCCUGACCGGAGAUUCCGUGUAACUUUAAGUCAUGGGCUUGACAAGCUGUCUUUAAGCUUAUCUAAUUGUUAGAGUUCAUGAUCAAUUUGAAUUUAGAGAGUAUGAUAGGUCUAAGUAUGGGCAGAAAGGAGC